AUGGCUGAGUGGUUAGGCAAACACCACAGACUGCUCACCUCCGAUGGCUUCCACCUCCGCAGCUCACCUCCCCCUCACUCUCCUCCUAUCUCCUCCUCUCCGCGCCACCACUCGGUCACUGCUUUUCCUUAUCCGUCAACUCAGGGUCAGAGUCGAGUCUUCCUCAGAACUCGAGCCAUUAGCGCCGAUGAUUUCUUGGGUGAUUUCGGGGCUCGGGAUCCUUUCCCGGCCGAAAUAGCUAGUGGGUUUGCCGAGAAAGUGUUGGGAAAUGUUGACACCGAGCAUAAGAUCCUUAUUCCCAAUGCCACGGCUCUCUCCCCUGCCGAGCAAGAUUGCUCCCCUGAUUCUCCUUUGCAGCCUCCCAUGUCCCUCGAUGAUGCUAAGGCUCUGUUGAAGAAGGUUGUUGGCUGGAGGCUGUUGGAUGAAGAAGGUGGACUUAAACUGCGGUGUUUGUGGAAAUUGAAAGAUUUCAAAUCCGGAGUCGAACUCGUCAAUCGGAUCUAUAAGGUUACGGAGGCCACCGGUCAUUUUCCAAGUAUCCACUUGGAAGAACCGAAUCAAGUCCGAGCUGAGCUAUGGACUUCGUCGAUCGGUAAACUUUCCGACUUACUGUUUUUCCUUUAGCUGCCUACGAAAAUCAUCCCCCUUCCAUGAAUUGCUUUGCAUUGCCCUUUGCUCACCGUUGGCUUGAGCUUGAACGAUUUCAUCGUGGCUUCCAAGAUCGAUGCGAUAAAAACAUCGGAUCUCGCUCCCCGUAAACGAGUUUGGGCAUAGAUCGAAGCACGCCGGUUUUCGGAAAUAUCGGAGCACGUGUGAUGAAAGUGAAACCAUGGAAAGUCGUAGGACUCAAGAAAUUCCAAUGCGGUUGAUGAGAAACGA